AUGUCACGUGGGCUUGGGAAGGCUGUUCAUGUAAAAGAUUACGUCAGAGACAAUGUACGAAUGCUGAUAAAGAAGGGUUGGCAGGACAACGCCUUCAAUCAAUUUGUUAGCGAUUUGAUAUCCGUUGACCGCGCCUUGCCCGAUUUUAGGGACGAAUGGUGUCGUCAACCAUACUAUCUCAGCAAUUCACACGCGGUGACUAUAAUAAUAUGUUUCCAUAACGAAGCGUGGUCAACAUUGCUACGUACAAUACAUUCCGUGCUGUAUUGCUCGCCUGCACAAUUAUUAAGAGAAAUUAUACUUGUAGACGAUUAUUCUGAUAAGCCUCAUCUGAAAGAAACCUUAGGAGCUCAUAUUCGGAAAUAUCCCAAAAUACGUCUAAUUAGAGCUACACGCCGAGAAGGAUUGAUAAGAUCGCGGAUAAUAGGUGUGAAGCAGGCGACUACUAGCAUAGUAGUGUUUCUUGAUAGCCAUUGUGAAUGUACUGAGGGUUGGCUCGAACCGUUAAUAGAAAGGAUCGUAGAAAACAACAAAACAGUAGUUAGUCCAGUAAUUGAUUUCAUUGACCCAUCCACGUUUGAAUACGUACCACAGAAGAGUGAAGACCUUCAGAUCGGUGCUUUCAACUGGAAUUUGAACUUUGUAUGGACACCGAUACCAAAAAAUGUUGCAGCUCAAAGAGCUAAUAACUUAGAUAAACCAAUAAAUACGCCAACUAUAGCAGGAGGUUUGUUUGCUAUAGACAAAGACUUUUUUCGUUAUCUCGGUUAUUAUGACGAGAAAUUCGAGAUAUGGGGAGGGGAGAAUUUGGAAUUGUCAUUCAAAGUGUGGAUGUGUGGCGGGACAUUGGAGAUUGUCCCGUGCUCACAUGUGGGACACGUUUACAGGACGAUUUUUCCUUAUGAAGGUUCCCAGGACAAUUUUAAGAGAAAUUCCGUGCGAUUGGCAGAGGUUUGGCUUGAUGAGUACGCACAAUAUUUUUACGACAGAAUCGUAAACCAGAAAGGAGAUUUCGGUGAUGUUAGUGAAAGGAAAAUAUUGCGCGAAAAACUAAAAUGCCAUUCAUUUGACUGGUAUCUGAAUAACGUGUUUCCCGAUUUGGUUGUACCUAAUGACACAGCUGCGAAUGGUCAGGUCUGGUACCACCUUUAG